AACGGACUUCACGUUGGCGUAACUGAAAAUUUGUUGCGCCAUCUGCGUAAUUGCACAGUGCAGAAAUGUUUGUUCAUUCAUGGACAGGUUAGAUUCCUGCAAUUCAACUUGCGUUUAUUAAAAUACGAUAACACCGUAGGAAUUUUAGAAUUUUCACAUUUUUACGGAUGAUGGAGGAGGUUGACAAUAUAAUUAUUCACUCGUUACGUCAAAUAGGCUGUGACAUAGAAGAAAGCGUAACAAAUCUCAGUGGUUUCAAUACAGAAUUAGUGGUAGGAGCAACUGUAAGAUGUUUAGAUAUAAUAAGACCGGGUCUUGGAGUAUCCACAGUUUUACCUGUAAACAUGGCAGCCCGUUUUCGACUAGGUGCAACACUUGCUCAAGCGUGUGCAGAAUUAGGAUACAAAGGUGAUAUCGGUUACCAAACGUUUCUAUAUAGUUCAGAAGCUGACCUACGAAGAGUUCUUAUGUUUCUCAUUGAAAAACUACCAAAAGAAUGUGAUAAGACCAUAAACGAGCCUGUUAGCAAUAUCGCAUUAUUAGAUAAAUCUAUAGCAUCUGCAAUAUCGCAAGGACUGUCAGCCCCGUGGUUACCACAUUAUUGUCAUACGAAAGGAUUCAGAAAUAAAGGCAGAACUGAUGCCCCCUAUAUAUCUGUGAGUUUAGAAGUACCAACAACAGAUGAUGGAGAAGAGUAUCAAGAUUAUUGCAUACAUUAUCUGCAAUCUGUGCCUAAACAAGUGCAAAAUCAACAAUCCUUUUUACCUUCUUUGAUAUCCUAUAACGCGAAAGCUCUUCAUCCGCGGUCGAUGGAUAUUCUCGAUAGAAUAAAUUGGUUGAAUAAAGAACACUCGGAUAAAGUUACUUGUGUCAGUACACCGGGUGACGUUAAUGUUCUCGAUAGGGUGUCCAUAAAAAAUACAAUGAUAACUUCCAAACAACCUCAGGUAAAAAACGAGGACAUUAAAGAACCUGUGCUUCCAAAACAAGAAACAUUAGAUAAAACAAAACAGCAGGAAUUAGAAGUAGAAAAAAUGAAAGUAGAAUGCGAAACUAUUAAAAGUAAUAUGGAGGAAUUGCAGGAUGAGAUUAAAAAACUAAGUACUAGCAUAACGCAAAUAACGAUAAACUAUCAAAACGAAGAGAAAGAGUUAACGAUUAACGAAGAACAGAAAAAGAUCAAAGCAAGAAUUUACGAUUUACUUCAAGACGGAGAGGAAAAUAUUAAGAAACUAGGGGCAGCGAUCGAAGCCACGACAAACAAAUUAAUUAACUUAGGUAAUCAAUGGGAAAAACAUAGAGUACCGUUAAUUCAGAAAUACAGACAAGAAAGAGAAAAGCAUUCGACGAAAGCUAGUGCAAGUCAAAAGACGCUCGAUGAAAUAAAGUUACUAAAAGAAAAGGAAAAAGAACUUCAGGAGGAAUGUCGUAACAAAGAUCAGCAGUACUCGCAAUUAGUAACAGAAGUUCAAAAGCUUCCUAAAGAAGUAAAUAGAUCUGCAUAUACUCAACGAAUUUUAGAAAUAAUUAAUAAUGUUAGGAAACAAAGGGACGAAAUCAAUAAAGUUUUAGCUGACACACGGGAAAUUCAAAAAGAAAUCAAUACGCUUACAGGCAGAAUGGAAAGAUCAUUUACAUUUGUCGAUGAAUUAAUAUUUCGCGAUGCGAGGACAAAUGAAGCAUCGAGAAAAGCGUAUAAACUGCUGGCCACGCUUCACUCUGAUUGCAGCGAACUCGUAAGUUUAGUCGAAGAAACAGGUGCCACUAUACGAGAAAUUAGAGACUUGGAAGAGCAGAUUGAUUCCGAAUCUACGAAAAAUGUUGGAGCAAAUUUGGAGAGAAUAACUGCUGAUCUAAAACAAAUGAAACAAGAAACGGCAGCAUUAACUGCUCAACUGCAAAGUAAAUCUUCGUGAUUGUUAUGUAAUCUACGGUACUACGAUACGAGUUGUAACAACAACGACCAGGACAUUCCUUACAAACGAAUACGAAGACCAAAUUUUAUAGUUUUUAAAACUACAAAAUUAAAUAUACUACUGCCUAUAGAGCAGACUUCACAAAUCUGUUAAGACUAAUUGCUAAAUGUGUACCUUGGUUCGAAGUUAUGUAAAAUAAAUAUGCUUAAAAUUGGGCCAAGCAUAUGACAAAUACUUAUUCGAUACCGACGCUCAAAAAGGAACGUUAUUUGUUACAGAGCCUAAUAAUUUUUUAGUACACAAUUUAAUUGUAUAAUUAACUUUCAUAUUUCUAAAGAAUAAGCAGCUUUGGAGAAAUCUACUACUAACAUAUACGUAAUACAUAUUUAAAAACCACUUCUAAGCGAUUCUGUACAAAAUAUGAAAGAUAAAUAAUAUGUAAUAUAUUUUUA